ACAAAAUCGUUAUAAUUACUAAUUAGUGAAUUAAGUAAUUAACAAGAGACUUUGGGGCUAACUUAAGCUUAGUGAGGACGACACUAUACGUAUCUGUUUGAGUCCAACUGAGGGUAGGAGGUGAACUCGGGAAAGAGGGUGAGAAGAAUAAACAACAAGAGGUCUGGAAAUGGAGUUAUUCUUAGAAAGAGAAAGAGUUGUUUGCAGGACUAGUGAGAGAGUGAAAAAUGCGGUCCCCUCACCCAUCGGAGUAAAUGCCAUAUUUAUAGGCUACAUGGUGGUGGGUGAGUUGCAUGGUGACAAGACUACUGUCAUGUCAGAACUUUCGGCCAUUCUCCUACCUAGGACUAGGGGACUUGUCCAUCAUUGUACCUAGUACUCUGAUGUGACCACUCUUCGAGUGAUAGGGUGUCGUUUUCGAGGCAGGCUUGGUCUGGUCAACUCUUGGCUGAAACGCCAUCGUUCGGUCGUUUGGAGUCCAUGUCCGCGCGUGAGGCUUCCUCGCGCUUAAACUUCUCGCGUAAGCGCGGCUUCGGUUACGUCCCUGCUAGCGCGCCCAACCACUAAGGACGGCGUCGCGCUGGCUUCUUGGCGCGCCUGGACCCGAGCCAUAUGCCCAACAAUUGCCCCCAUCAUGUGGUAUUCUUCGGAUGCCGCCUGUUUGAUUUCCACAAGGUUGGCUCGGGUCUGGGUUAAAUCCGCGAGACUAUUGGGUUCGGGAUUGAUUUUUAGCGCGUCUCGUGUUUUCCGUGGAGUGGGUGGUACGUUUUUUCUGACGCGGAUGCGCGUGGUUGGGCUUGGGUGUGACUCUUUUUCUCUUCUUGUGUGCGCCAUGCCCCCCAGUCGGUGCACGUAUGCGCGUGAGCGACGUGGUUGGAUUCACGUGUGAUUUUUUCUCUUCGCGGGUACGCCAUGCCCCCCAGGCGGUGUGCGGAACUUGUGACGUCAGCGGCUAUAGACUGCCUAGGGUAGGUGUCCACGUGUCGUUGGCUGAUUGCUCCAGCUAGGCGGCGCUUUUGAAAUUUGAAAAACUCUGACAGUUAUGAUUUGACGGUUGCGAUUCCCGAUGCAACUUUAACCCUUCGGUUUCCCUCUGUUGAUUAUAAGUAGCAGUCGAUAAUUGAGGAGAAGAUCACUUUGCUAUUUUUUGGCUUUGCUUCGUCUUCCCUUCCUUCUCCUUUCGUUUCGUUCUUCUUCGAGAUUCCUCUCCUUAUUCUACAACCUUAUUUCUCUCGUGUUGUUGCUAUUACUCAGAGGAGUGCCAUGGUGAACAUCAAUAUUGACGAGAUUCAGGUCGUGCAAGACGAAGAAGGUAAUCUUUCAUCCCUUUCGCAUAUUUCUACCGAUCCUUCACUGGAUCUGGUUGAUUCCGACGACGGUGGCAACGGCAGAGCUGGUGAUGAUGGAGUUCCGGAGACGCCGUCCUACGACGCCGAUUCGGGGCACGAUUUCGUGCCCGAUUCUGAUUUGGAGAUGGUGGAGUUUGAAGAUAAGGGAGAGAGCUCGCGCGCUCGCGGAGUUUUGAUUAUACGCCGCGACCGCGCGGGUAGAUAUGAAGGGGCGGAGGGUUCGAUGCGCGAAGGGUCUGAAACCCAGUCUGAGCCACUGUGUGUCGCGCGCAUCUCCGAGUCGAUGGCCCGACUUGGGCCCCACGGUGGGCGCCAAUUGUUUGAGUCCAACUGAGGGUAGAAGGUGAACUCGGGAAAGAGGGUGAGAAGAGUAAACACCAAGAGGUCUGGAAAUGGAGUUAUUCUUAGAAAGAGAAAGAGUUGUUUGCAGGACUAGUGAGAGAGUGAAAAAUGCGAUCUCCUCACCCACCGGAGUAAAUGCCAUAUUUAUAGGCUACAUGGUGGUGGGUGAGUUGCAUGGUGACAAGACUGCUGUCAUGUCAGAACUUUCGGCCAUUCUCCUACCUAGGACUAGGGGACUUGUCCAUCAUUGUACCUAGUACUCUGAUGUGACCACUCUUCGAGGGAUAGGGUGUCGUUUUCGAGGCAGGCUUGGUUUGGUAAACUCUUGGCUGAAACGCCGUCGUUAGGUCGUUUGGAGUCCAUGUCCGCGCGUGAGGCUUCCUCGCGCUUAAGCUUCUCGCGUAAGCGCGGCUUCGGUUACGUCCCUGCUAGCGCGCCCAACCACUAAGGACGGCGUCGCGCUGGCUUCUUGGCGCGCCUGGACCCGAGCCAUAUGCCCAACAUUAUCUUAUCUUAAAAUAUAUUAAAGGGGUUUGAGAAAAACACCCACUCCACGUCAGUUUUAACGCUUCCUCUUAAUUCUCGGUAGUUUUUUUUUUCCCUUUUUUUCUUUUUAUGGUUGGUUUUGGGCUUUUGGGUUUUGGCCGCACUUCAGUUUUUUUUUUUGGUCGAUUAACUCUUAAUCCGAUUUUUUAGCAAGCAUAAAAGGUUGGGUGUGCCUACGGUGACAUGCAUGUCACGGUGACUUGCACUUUCUGGUCGACCUCAGUUAGGAUUAGGUCGACCUCAUUUAGAAUUCGGUCGACCUCAUAUAGGAUCUGGUCGACCUCAUUUAGGAUUCGGUCGACCUCAUAUAGGAUCAGGUCGACCUAAUCUGUUGUUUAAGUGUAAAAACAGUUCAUGGUGCAUACUUUGGAUAUUCAUAUCAUACAAUUGGCUAGAAUGAAAUUGAAGACUAAUG